AUGCCAUAUUUGCGCAGAAUGGACAAGUUUUCAGCUCUUCUGUCCUUCAUGGCCUUCGUUUUACUACUUAAACAAAUUUUGAUAGUUGAAGGAAUUAGUGACAUAACAAAGGAUGAUGGUUUCAUGGGUAUACUAGGUGCCAUUGUGGAUAACAGUUCUCGAAUUGGCAAAGAAGAGAGCGUUGCGAUGCAGAUUGCGGUGGAGGAUUUCUUUAACAAAAACAAUCAGCGUUUGGAUUUGAAGAUCAGAAACUCUCAAGGGGACCCCCUGCAGGCAGCUCUUGCAGUUUCACCACUUCUCGCGCUGGCCGGGAGGACCAGUGCAACUCUCCCUGCUGCUGCAUUAGCCAGAGCUUUGACAGCCAGAAGUCUUAUCAAUACGGAUCAAGUGCAAGCAAUUCUUGGUCCACAAACAUGGGAAGAGGUGUCGUUAGUCGCUGAGAUUGGAAGUAAGAGUCACAUUCCUAUUAUGUCUUUAGCUGAUGCAACUCCAGAGUGGGCAACAGAAUUGUGCACCUUUCUAGUUCAAGCUUCACCAAACAAGUUAAAGCAAAUGGAAGCAAUAGCAGCUAUAGUUCAAAGGUGGGAGUGGCAUCAAGUCACCAUAAUCUAUGAAGACAGAGACUUUUCAGCUCCAGCAGUGCUAAGCCAUCUAUCUAAUGCUCUCAAAGAAGUGGGUGCAGAAAUUAGCCAUUACUUAGCCAUCCAGCCUUUUGCUUCUCCAUCAUUGUCAGAGGAACUUCAGAGGCUUAAGAGCAGCCAAUUUAGAGUGUUUGUGGUCCACUUGUCAUUGCCGGUUGCAGUUGAGCUAUUUGAGAAGGCAAAAAUAUUGAACAUGAUGGAAAAGGAUUACGUAUGGAUCAUUAUGGAUCCUUUUGCAAGCCUUGUCCAUUCCUUCAAUGCCUCUACCAUCUCCUCAAUGCAAGGAAUUGUUGGAGUAAAGAGCUACCUCCCUGAAAAUGAGUCCCGUUUUCAGGAUUUUCACUAUAAAUUUCGCCAGCGGCUUAGCUCAGAGCAUCCUGAGGAGGUCAACCAUGAACCAAGCAUUUUUGCAGCACAGGCUUAUGAUUUAACAUGGACAGUGGCCCUUGCAAUGAGCAAGAAGAAGCAGGGAAGGCAGCAAAUUAUAUCAAACAUUUUGCAAAGUGAUGUUGAUGGCUUAAGCGGGAAGAUUAAUUUUACUCGUCAAACAAUAGCUCCAGCACAUACAUUUCAGAUCAUCAAUGUGAUUGGAGAGAGCUACAGAGAACUUGGUUUCUGGUCAGAUGGACGAGGUUUCUCAGAGACAAUUGGUGAAAGUGAUACAUUUAAAUCUUCCAUGAAUGCUUUGGGGCAAGUUUUUUGGCCAGGGGGGAUUCGGGGUACACCGAAAGGAUGGAGUCCACCAACAAGUGCCAAUCCACUGAAAAUUGGUGUUCCAACCAGAGCAUCAUUCAAACAAUAUGUGGAAGUGGAACAAGUUCACUUGGGAAAUAACAUCUCUUUCUCUUAUAGAGGACUUGCAAUUGAUGUCUUUAAUGCCACUCUACAAGAAUUGCCAUUUCAUUUGCCAUACAAAUUUCUUCCCUUCGAUGGCACAUUUGAUGCUUUAGUGGAGCAAAUUCAUUUAAAGAACUUUGACGCCGCAGUUGGUAGUAUAUCGAUACUAGCCAACCGAUAUCAGCAUGCAGAAUUCACAGCGCCUUACACUGAAUCCGGACUGGUAAUGAUAGUACCGGUUCGUUCAAGAACACGAGAGAAAGCAUGGUUAUUCAUAAAGCCUUUCACAAACGCCAUAUGCCCUGAACUCAAAGGCUCCAUCUCAAAUCAAGUAGGAACCUUGAUUUGGUUAGCCUUCAGCACUCUUUUCUCCUUGAAUGUUAUCACGCAGACUUACACCGCUAAGCUCUCCAGCUUGCUGACUCUGUCGCAGCUUGAACCGAAUGUGGUUGAUAUUUUUGCAUUGCAAAACAGCAAUGCAAUGGUUGGUUGUGCCGAAGCAUCAUAUAUUUCGAAAUAUCUGAAGGAAGUUUUGCACUUCCGCCCCAACAACAUCAAGAACUUCUCCAGGGGUGAUGAGUACGCUCCAGCCCUCAGAAGAAGAGAAGUUGCAGCCCUCUUUCUUGACCUUCCUUUGGCUAAAGUGUUCCUUGCAGAAAACUGCAAAAGCUUCACCAUGACUGGACCUACAUACAAAGUUGGGGGAUUUGGAUUUGCAUUUCCAAGGGGAUCUCAGUUGCUUCCUAGUGUAACUCAAGCAAUGCUGAAGGUCUCCGAAAACGGAACGUUUAGAGACCUAGAACAAAACAUGCUUGCUUCUCAGAAGUGCAUGGACGUGGACCUAGAAGAUGACCGUCUUAAUCUUAGUCUCAGCCCCAGUUACUUCUGGGUGUUGUUCCUUUUCACGGGAGGCACAUCCUCCAUGGCUCUUGCCAUCUACAUCUUUCGUGCUUAUAAUUCCAUGUCCAUGUCUGAACACAAUGUUAUCUGGAAGUUGAUGAUAGCUGUAAUGAAACACAGGGGGAAUCAAAGGGGGCGGUUCUCAGGAAAAGUGAGUGAUAUUGCUCUUACUACUCCUACGAAUUCUCCAAAUGCAACUGAGUACUGA